GUGCAGCGGAGUUUAAAUUGGGGCAUGUAUCUUGUAAAGUGGGUAGCUCGGCUUGACCUUGACAGGUCCACGCACGCAGGCAUCUCCCGCAAAUUAGCGUCGCAUCCUCAAAAAUGCUCGUUCUCCCCUUGUCCUCCACGCUCUCUCUAUCUCUCUCUUCCCUCCAACGGAAGCAAUCUUAUUAUACGUUCGCAGAUGACAAACCCUAAACUACUCCAUCUUUGGUUCCCUCUCUUUGAUUUCUCAAGGUCAGGCAGCCCCUUGUGUGUUUGGGCAACUAAGCGGAGACUAUUAGUAGGAACCCUAUAUAUGACUUGAUGCGGAUUCGAACCGAUUAACCUUUCUUUCUGGUUCUCAGAUUGUCGUUUGAUUGACGUGGUUACUGGGAGAUUGGGUUUAGAAGGUUGGCCGCAUAUUUUGAUCUGAUGGAUAUGGUCCGUAUGGACGGAGGUAGUGCCUCAGCCGCCGUACCAGAAGAUCAAUGCGUUCCGACUCGUCGAUCCAACGCUAUACAGCAGUUCACCCAACAAAGUCUGCCAUCUUGUAAACCUGUCCUGUCUCCAGCAUCUGUCAUUACAACAUUUUUUUUGAUGGGCGUCAUUUGUAUUCCUGUUGGGUUUGUGUCUCUUCACGCUUCACAAAGUGUUGUGGAAAUUGUGGACAGAUAUGAUACUUACUGCAUACCUGAUCCAUUUAAAAGCAAUAAGGUUGCAUAUAUCAAGGAUAGCUCAAUCCCCAAAAACUGUACCCUGCAUCUGAAGGUACCCAAACCGAUGAAGUCUCCAAUUUAUGUCUACUACCAGCUUGAUAACUACUACCAGAACCAUAGGCGAUAUGUUAAGAGUAAAAGUGAUAAGCAGCUCAUAUAUGGUUUGAAGUACAAUGACACAAGUUUGUGUAAACCUGAAGACUCCAACAAGGGUCUUCCAAUUGUCCCUUGUGGUUUAAUUGCUUGGAGUUUGUUUAAUGACACAUAUAGCUUUUCUCGUGGGACAGUGGGGCUGAAAGUCAAUAGGAAGAACAUUGCCUGGAAGAGUGACCGGGAUCACAAAUUUGGGAGGCAUGUCUAUCCCUUCAAUUUCCAGAAUGGCACCUUGAUUGGUGGUGGAAAGCUGGAUCCAAAUAUUCCUCUGAGUGACCAAGAGGAUCUUGUAGUGUGGAUGAGGACUGCUGCACUGCCUAGCUUCCGGAAAUUGUAUGGAAGAAUUGAAGAGGAUUUGGAUGUGGAAGAUGUUGUAACUGUAAAAGUUUUGAACAACUAUAAUACCUACAGUUUUGGCGGAAAAAAGAGGCUUGUUCUUUCAACGUCAAGCUGGUUGGGUGGAAAGAAUGACUUCCUUGGGGUGGCCUACCUUUUUGUUGGUUCUUCCUCUAUUUUCAUCUCCCUCGUCUUCCUGUUGCUUCAUGUGAAAAAUCCAAGGCCUUAUGGGGAUACAACUUAUUUAUCUUGGAACUGGAAAGGCAUUUCUAGUUGAAGGAGAUCUUACUUCUUUAUCAUGUGAUUGCCUUAAAAAAGAAUCCAAACCUCCACUUCCAUGGAGAGCCGAAGCCUCUUCCUUAUAAGCAUGACAAGCUAGCUAGUUUAUCUUUGAGUGGGGGGUGGUAGUUUGUUCCGGCAUCAGAAAAUUCAUAGAGGAUAUUUUCUUUGGAGCAAUUUCUGCAAAGGAAACAAGAGUAGAGCAACCAAGUUGAUAUGAAUUUUCAGCCAGAUGCUUGUAACAGAGGUAGAACAACCAACUUGAUAUGGACAGAAGUUGGGGCAUUUUGAAUAGAUGCGGUGUUGUUCUGGGUGUUACAUGCAAAAUUGCCUGAAAACAAAGCCUUUAAUGUGUGGAUGUUGUUGAUCUGCUGUUUGUUUAGACGAAAAUUGCAGCUCCAUUUAUGCUUUAGUACUGUAAGCAAAUGUAAUUUCAUAAAAUGAAUGCACUGGAAGCAGUGAAAUCAUACAACGAGGUAUAGUGAUGGUGCAGCAUGUAUGGAUAUGGUUGGAAAAUCCCGGGGGCUCAACUAUAAUAAGAACAGUUCAUAGUCGGGGAGAGCUAUCUCAAAUCUUGUGUAUUAUUGCCUUCGUUUCCCUUUUCAUAAUUAACCACAGAGGCCUAGAAAUAUAUAUAAUAAUCUUUUAACCUCCACGUCCAUCUUUUUCAAAACUUCUUGGAGAUCAGCGGCUGCUCUUCCAUCUAACCUGUACAUAACGCAAGAAACACAUACAAAAUGAAAUCUUCUUCUUCGACAUAUGUUUAGUCUUAGACGUAUCUCAACUCCUCUGUGUCAUUUCUUCUUCGUUAAAGAGAGAUCUCUCCAUUUAUUUAUUUCAUGAAAAGCUUGCACUUUUUCUUUCUUUCUUUUUUUUUUUUGUCUUUUUUCUUGUUAUCAAUGAGAAUUCCAAUUACUAUCUUUCGAAUAUAUGCCUAGUAAAUUAACACUUUCGAUUAACGG